UGAAGUGCAUUUGUUGUUUUGUUCUGUCAGAACGUAUUUAUUUAUGCGUUGCGUUUAAAAUAAGUGAGUGUGAGCAAUCAAUGACAUCAUUUUUUUUCUCGUCUUUCGUGUAAAGAUUUACAUCAAGAAGAAUAAAAAAUAUCUCAGCGAAAAGCUAAAUAGUUUUUCUGCGCUUGUCCACAAUCGAUUGCGGAUAAUUUCAGCUGCAUAUACCGUUGCUUUGUUGGCAAUUUGUUGUUCACGUUGCAGUCGGAUCCAAUUAAACAAUAGAAUAAUGGGUAUCGAAUGUGAAUUGCCACCAUUGCGAUCGUUGGACGAUUUCCUUUUGGGAUCGGCCCGAUUUCAAAUGCCAAAUGUUCAAGAUCUUGACAAAUGGGGCAAUCGGGUGACCAAAAAUUUUUUAUACUAUCAAACCAAUUACUUUGUUAUGGCCAUUAUUGUAUCAGCUCUGUUCGUGCUUCAUAAUCCAUUGCAAACAAUUUCGGGCAUUUGCGCAUUUGUAAUUAUAAUUGCAUCGAUUGUUGUGAUCAAUCCCAACCAAAUUCAAGGUCAACCACAGCACGAAAAAUGCCCUGGAUCAACUGGAUGGCUGUAUUUGGGCUGUAUAACCCUUACCAUUGGACUAGUCCUGUAUUCAUUCCAGUCGAUUAUGUAUGUGACACUUUUAAUUUUACUACCGUUCGUCUUGGCAUUCAUCCAUGCAUCGUUUCGCCUCCGAAAUUUACGUAACAAACUAUCGAACGCAAUUGACGAGAGACUGCGCUACACACCAAUGGGAGUGUUUCUGGAAGCAAUGUAUGUUGUCGUCGAUUCGGCCACCAAAUAAAUUAUGUAUAUGUGUACGCUUUUAAGAUGUCAUUUCAUAGACUGUAAGCAUUGUUUCAAUUGUUGGAAUUUCUUCUUCAUUUUUAUGACAAUAAAAUCUGAAUAAACAUUUA